CAGCAGGCAGACACUUCCGAGAAGACAGUAGAAGACCACCGGCGGCUUCAGGUCAGCAACGGCAGUCAGGGAGAGCUGAUCAAGAUGGACCAGGAGAUGAGGAUUACCGAGAGCAUAGAGGACGGAGGUCUUCUGGAGAGCAGCAUGCGCCUGAAACCACAUGAAGCACAAAGCUACCGCAAAAAGGCCUUGUGGGUGUCCUGGGCGUCUAUCGGAGCGACCAUCAUCCUGGCCGUGGCUGCCUUCACCGUUUCCAUCAUGCGACACAGCGCUUCUGCAUUUGGAUUUGCUUUUGACGCCAUGCUGGAUGUCCUUUCUUCAGUCAUUGUGCUGUGGCGUUACAGCAAUGCUGCAGCCGUUCACUCAGCUCAUCGGGAAUACAUAGCCUGCAUUAUCCUUGGUGUGAUUUUCAUCCUGUCUUCCUUGUGCAUAAUGGGCAAAGCCAUCCAUGACCUAGCCACCAAGCUGCUGCCUGAAGUGGACGACUUCCUCUUCAGCGUCUCCAUUGUCAGCGGCGUGGUCUGCAUCGUCCUGGCCGUCAUCAAAUUCAUGCUGGGAAAGGUGCUCACAAGCCGGGCCCUCAUCACGGACGGUUUCAACUCACUGGUGGGCGGCGUUAUGGGUUUCUCCAUCCUCAUCAGCGCAGAGGUUUUUAAGCACGAGCCUGUGGUGUGGUACCUGGACGGUACAAUAGGUGUCCUCAUCGGCCUGAUCAUCUUUGCUUAUGGGGUCAAGCUGUUGGUGGACAUGGUCCCACGAGUGAGGCAAACGAGGAACUACGAGCGCUUUGAGUAA